AUGGCCAGCAUCCAGACCAGAACCGAUGUUGCUCCGACCGGCACCUCAGCUGUCACUUCAGCAGUUCCUACAGCAUGCGGUGCCACGACCUACGACAUUCCUACCAAGGACGCUGCUUGUGCCGUCCCCGGUACGGAACAUAAAGACUCCAUGGAGAAGUGCUGUGACGCUCCCGUUGUAACCUACAACGAGGGCUGUGGAAUGUACUGCCUUGCUUCUGGCGGUACAGUCGGUGAUUUGGUUAAAUGCCUCAUUGGCGAUGGCAUCGCGGAUGGCAAAGUCUUUUGCAACAAAGAAAUGAACGCUACUGCUACCACGACUCCCACUCCCACUGGCAGAGAUGAUGAUGAUGAUGAUCAUGAUGAUGACGAUGACGAGCCGACCAACACCGAUGGCUCGCCUGCCUCUACGUCCAGUAGUGCUGCACUUGCCAACCUCCCCCCACAAACCCUUUCGAAGCCUGCAAUCGGAGUGCUUUUCACGCUCUUUUUCUCCACGUUUGCUGGUGUCGUUUUUGCAUAA